AUGAGUAUUUUCCAACACUUGGGAAAAAAAGGAGAGAAUUGGAUACCAACUAAUAAUGUGGGUCUCCCUCGAGCGAUGAGAUGGUCCUAUAGGCAAGGUGUCCUGAAGGUGGAUGACUUGCAGCCUAUUCUGGACGAGUUGACACUUGCCGAUGUCAUAUGGCGCCCAUUCGAGAAUUAUAGAGUAGGGCGUCAGUUUGAUGAGUUAUGUCUAUAUAGGGGGUGUCUGAGGUUGGGUGACACUAUUAUUCCAUACUUGCCUGACAAAUGUAUGCGUCAGUUUGGAUACAGACAUUAUGUUCCACAUCCACCUCUUGAUCAUACGAUCGCUGAUGAUAUUGAUGUUGACUGGAUUAGUUACCAUCAGAGCAUUCAGGAUGUGAUUCGUUCGACAACACCGGCCACCACCCCAUAUGAGACAGAUGAUGGAUAUCUUCAGUGGUAUUAUCGCGUUUCACAUCCUCGUCUGGUACCGCACCAUCGUGAUGUACCAACAGAGGUGCCAGUUCUUGUUUAUGAAGCAGGACCAUCUGAUCCUAGCUGGGCUCGUGUGUCUUCAUUGAUUCAUCGUUAUCUUCAACAGGCUGAUGCUGAAGAGGAUGAUCCACAGUUUGCUGAGUUGUUCGAAGCUUUACAUAUUGCUCGAUCACAUUGA